CUGUCAUGAUGCGAAUGUUGACGUUUGCACUGCUGUUGUCUUGAUUUUUGUAGAAAUACGUCAGUUACAUAAUUAUAAAAAAAUUAAACGACGGACUGACGCCGAUAGACGCAUAAACACGUAUCCCAAUGUGAUAAACCCGUGAAAUAUUUUGUGGUUAUUUACAGACCAGUCUCAUUAGCACCGUAUAUCUCUCGUGAAAUUUUGGCAGAAGUAACGCCGAAAAGACAUAACUUUAAUCUUGUUGACUGAGCGCACCGUAAAGUAAUCGUAUUCGUCGAUUAUUGUGGCUGGGUUACUGUUGACAGUUUUGAUGUAUAGGAUAGCAACCUUAUUUCGUGCGAUUGUGUUUAGUAGUGUUUUACCACUACAGACAAAUUGUUUCCUGUGCAUGAAAUGCCACGAAAGGUGUUUCGUUAGAUAUUGCAUUUCAUGUGCCUGCCCAGAAUUUUGCGUAACGUCCAUAAUUCAGUAUCAUUUCUAACUAGCCGCAGUGUCAAGAAAAAUGUGUGUGAGCUCAAUCUUGUGUAGCAGUGUAGACCGGCUUUGUAUGAAGUUGCAGGAACCUAGAAUUGUAGCAGCUAUGGAACAUGAAACAUUUGGCUGGGUGAAAAAAGAAGAUAUGAAUCUGGAAUGUAACCCCGUGGUUGUCGAAGAUCCAUUUGAAACAUCAAGGGUCUAUGUCUAUAUUAAAGAAGAUCCAGACUUAGAUUUGGGAGUGGAUGCAACUGACAAUGGUGAGGCAUCCACAAGAGGACUUGCAUCAGAUAGUGCACGAUCAUCUCAUCUGUCCAAUGAAAACUAUGGCUCUUCAUUUAAAGAAACUGUUUCUCCAGCUGUGACCCGUGAUGAGCUGACACAGGAAACUGUCACGCACAGUAAUUCCUUCUGCAAUGCAGAUAACAUGAGUGAGAUGGAUAAUGAAUUCUGUGACUUCACCUGUGAUACAUGCCUGCAAAGAUUUUCAUCAAAAUACAGCCUCAUAAUGCAUGUAUUCACUCACAUUGACACUGCACAGCCACCAUUACAUGUUUGUAGAUGUUGUGGAGAAGUGUUUCUUGACAAUGAUGCCCUGAAUAAGCAUGUCAGUAUGAAGGAGGAUGGCAGGACUUUGAUUGCACAACCAUUUCCUGAUACCAGGGAGGUUCACAGCUGUAGAGAUGUGUGCGAGAAUAUAUUCACUGCAAAAGAUCACAUGCCUGUUGCUCUAACUGCACCCACUGUUAGUGAUUCAUGUGGACAGUUUGCAAACAUUUAUUAUGCCUCACAGGGCUAUUACUGUGAUCCCAGUAGCUGGUCUCUCUGUCAAAAAAAUGGUAAAACAGUUUCCUCAUGCCUUAUACACGCCAAGCCACACAAGUGUGAUGUAUGCAGCAAAUCUUUUGCUUAUGCAUCUCUUCUCAGAACCCAUUCCUUAGUACAUUCUGGAGUAAUGUCGCACAAAUGUGAUGUUUGUGGAAAAAUGUUUGUUAGUGUUGAUCAUCUUAAAAAUCACAAAUCAGUGCAUUCUGCAGCAGAGAAACACAAGUGUGAUGUCUGUGGCAAACUGUAUACUACAGUUCAUAACCUCAAAGCUCAUACAUUAGUGCACUCUGCAGCGAAGGCACAGGAAUGUGCUAUAUGUGGGAAAUUGUUUGCUACACUUGGUCAGCUCAAAUCCCAUGCAAUAGUUCAUUCUGGUGUGAAGAAACACAAGUGUGAUGUUUGUGGCAAAUUGUUUGCUAGAUUUGGUGAACUCAAAGUUCAUGGCCUAGUUCAUUCUGCAGUGAAGUCACAUGAGUGUGAUAUUUGCGGAAAAUUGUUUGCUAGACCUAGUAAUCUCAAAGCCCAUACCCUACUACAUUCUGCAGUGAAAUCACACAAAUGUAAUGUUUGUGGUAAAUUUUUUUCUAGACUUGGGCAGCUCAAGAACCAUGAAUUAGUGCAUUCUGGGGUGAAGGCACACAAAUGUGUUGUGUGUGAAAAAUCGUUUGCUUUAGUCAGUAAUCUCAAAUCCCACGCAUUAUUGCAUUUGGGGGUGAAGGCACACAAAUGUGAUGUUUGUGGCAAAUUGUUUGCUACACUUCGUGAGGUCAAGUACCAUUCGAUAGUACAUUCUGGGUUAAAGUCACACCAGUGUGAUGUGUGUGGCAAAUUGUUUGCUAGACGUAGUGAGCUCAAAGUUCAUUUGUUAGUACAUUCUGAUUUGAAGCCACACAAAUGCAAUUGUUGUAGCAAAUCUUUUGUACGGGCUGUUGAUCUCAGGAGGCAUAUGCAAGCACAUUUUAAGAGGAAAGGGCAUGUAGCUUCACAUAUUGAAAGCUCCCAUCCUAGUUAGAUGUACAGCAAAUUUUGUACUUAAUUCAGUGUUUGAACUUCAGUGCAAGAUUGGUAAUGAAGUGCUUUACUGUGAAUAAUUAAUUGGCUGUUUGUUGUGACAGUUCAUAUUUUUAUUCUGACAAAUUCAUUUUGUGAUAUGUAUUUCAUUUUGUUAGCUGUGUUUUGUAAGUGUAUUUGCAAACAAGCAAAGUGGAUGUAAAAAGUGUAAUUUCUGUUGUUGCUGUUUCAGAGUGUUCUUUAUAUAUAUAGAGAGUAUAUAUAAUCAGUUGGACAACACUGCCAGCAAUCCUUAAAAUGAAUAUUUCAGCUCUUUUAUUCAUAUCAGAGUAGAGAAAAUUGUGUGUGUGUGCAGUGGAACAGUUAUACUGGAAUGUUAAGCGAGUUAAGAUAUACAUUAGACUGUGCAAAAAUAGUUCCAGGAAUUACUUCUAUGAUGUUCAGUGCUUCUCAUAUUGCAAAAAAUACAAAAGUAACUAAAUAUAAAAGCCAGUCGAAUGAAAACCAAAGACCCACCAUAAUACCUGUCCCAGCGACAGGUGGCUCCACUAUUCUUAUGUUUUGGUACUGUCACCGCUGUGGUAUGGUAACGGCAUAAUGCCACAUGAGAGGACCACAUAGGCGUUGGGUAAUGGCCUUGGUUGUUGGUGUACGGGUGGGGUGUGUUCGUGCAGCUGUUGACUUUGAGGCAAGUGAAGAAGAGCAGGGAGGUGUGGUUCAUUUUCUGGUGGCUGAGGGUGCUAGAGUACACAAAAUUCAUCAUCGCAUAUCAGCUGUGUACGGUGAACACUGCAUCCCUGGUAUGUGUGCACAAGUGACAGAGGAGAUUCCAGGAAGGGCACAUAUCACUGCAAGAUCCGUGCCCAGGACAGACCUGUUGAGCUAUUAACCCUGAUGUGGGGGGCAGAUUGAUGGUCAGAUCUGAGUACGCUGAUGAAUAACAGAGGAUGAAAUUUGUGUUCAGGUAAGCUUUAGUCAUGGCUCCAUGCAUGCUGUCAUCAAAGAUUGCUUGCAUUACUACAAAUUUUUGGCACAAUGGGUGCUACAUCCACUGAAUGAGGAACAAAUAUCCACAGAAUGGUGUCACGUCUUGAGUCAUUUACUGUGGUACCACAAGAAAGGGCAUCCACAUUGUCAAAGGGGACAAAAGGUGAUGGCACCAUUUCAAGCCUGAGGGCAAAUGGUAAAGUCAACAGUGGAAACAUUCCACUUCUCCCCUGCCAAGGAAGGCCAAAGCUGUUAACACAAAUUCAGGUAAGAUAUGAUGACAUCCUCCUUCGAAUUCAGGGGCCCUCUGCUCAUUGAGUUCCUUGAGCGUGGAACCACAGUCAAUGCUCAAUCCUGCAAAGACAUUGUGCAGACACUGUGACGUGCUGUAAAGUCGAAAGACCCAGGAUGCGGUCAGAUGGAAUCAUCCUUUUUGUUGGUAAUGCCCCCCCCCUCCCCCCCCCCCCCACACACACACUCUCUGCCAAUGGGAUUAAAGCUGUGCUCCAGCAAUUUGAUUGGGAUCACUGCAACAUCCUCUGUACAGCCCAGAUGCUUCACAAUGUGAUUUUCAUGUACCAUAUUUAACUGACUAAGACAAAGUUUUUUCCCAAAUUUGUAAUUCGAAAACCAUGGGGUCAAUUUAUAUUCCCAGACUAAACUAUUGUUGCUGAGGUCAACUUUUCUAGAUUACUUGAUAGAUUAAUAUAGAGCUCAUCAUCCAUUUACAAAUGACACUUUGGCUAUUAAGGUUUCACACAAAUUUAUUUUGAAGCAUUCCAAAGGAUAGGGUGUAGUGAUGACUUCAUUUGAAUAAGCUCAAGGUUUCCCAAUAUGCUGAAGCACUCAGUACAGUAUUGACCUUACUCGAACAAUUGUGUGACAAUUGAAUCAUGACUGUAGUGCAAGGGAUAAAUAAGAAACUAUGAAGCAGUCACUAUGAUAGCCACUACAACAGUCUAACGCUCUGUUUAAAAAUUGACAGUUUUGUGAAACUCAGGAGGAAGUAGAAUUUAAUUCUAUCAACUUAAAAACUUCUGUUGGAUUUGAACAGGUUUGCAGCAAAAUUUCUCAUUAGCAUAUGGAUGUUUAUUGGUUUUUAAAUAAAAGUAACAUUAAAAGGUGAAAAUCUUUCCUUCAAAAACCUUUAUUUGAUUCUGAACUGAAGUCAAUAUUUUAUUUGGUUACAAGAAACUGUAAUGAUUUCCCAGGGGGGUUGCAAGUGAGUAAUUCGGAGACUGUUCACAUUUUAGAAUACCGGUGAAUAGCAUCACUAGCAUGUUAACUGGUUUUAGAACAAGAUGGUAACAUUCAGAUGAAAUAAGAAAGAAAUCGGAUUAAACUGACAGCAAUUGUUAUCCCAAGAAUAGUGGUAAGAUCAUUGUGGGGAUAGUAUCAAUAUACCUCACUAAAUCACAGGACAAUCAAAAGUUCGACAAUUGGACUGAGCUGCUGCUGUUGCAUAUGAGCUGCACCAUAGGGGAUAUUGCUGUAUGUAUUUCACUAUUCUUCAAGCACAGCAGUACGGAAGGGUUGGAAGGUGAACAGUGACAUCUUGGGUGAUAACUACCUUGAGUGUGGGCAAAGGAGUUGCAAGCAGGCAGCAAAAGUGUAGACUGGAGCCAGCGACGUACUUACGAGUUUUGUUUAGCAAUGUUGUCAACACUCACCGUCAGGUAUGAAGUAAUGAUAAGACAUGUCAGCUUCUGGUUCUUCACAAGAGCUGUGGGCAGACAAUAUGUUUGGAACCAAGAGAAAUUGUAAAAUUAUGAUGUCAGGAUAGACACAAAAUCUGCUGUAUGUUCAGAAAAAAACAGCUUUUGCAACCAGCACCACGCAAGUAACGAGCAGCCCUUAGUGGCUCGCAAUCACUGUUUUCGUUAUCUUAAAUAUCUUUUUGACUAAUGCCCAUUUGGCAUAUUUAUUAUUUUAUAAAUCACAUAUAAGUACUGUCAGUCUUUUACGAUUCCAUACUUCUACCCUAUCUUACGUUUUUAGUCAUUAUUCUGUGACCAUGUUAUAGAAUAUAGACCAUUCUUUAUUUUAAAUUCUGAAGAAGACACUCCUAGCAGUGUUGAAACUAGGUUAAUUUGUUAAAAAUAAUGACCGAGGGCUGUUUUUCUUUAAAUUGUAAAAACAGUGUUGUUCUCAGGUACCACCAUAACCACAACCAUAGAACUCGCAACAUAUUCAGAAUAAAUAUCCAAAUAUUUAUGAUAACAAAGAUAUAAGUUUCAUAGCUUCUCUAUUAAGAUGAUGAUGAUGAUGAUGAUUAAAAAUAGUGAUACCACAGGUGACAGUAAACAAAAAAGGCAGUGAAGAUAAAAAUUAAUGUAAACCAUUUUUCUUUUUUUUUUUUUUUUUUUUUGUUUAGGCUAUUUUAUUUGUCCUUGUAUUAUCAAAAUGUAGACAGUGAAUAAAUUGCAUACGUUUAAAAUAGAUCCAUUGUUAACUUUUUAGUGAGAUGUCUCACAUGCACAAAAGUUUGUAAUUCUAAAUAGUCAGAAUAUAUUAAAAAUACAUUUUUCUCAAGGAGCCUCUUAAAAAGGGGGGGAGGGGGUCGUCUUAUAUUCAGGGUUGUCUUACACUUGGAUAAAAAUGUCGUUUGGCAGUCUGAAGAAAGAAAUGCGUGGACAUGGUUUUCAGUUGGACAAGGAAGUACAAAAGUGAAUGUGAUCCUGGGUCCCAAGUGGGGUAAAUGUUUUAAUGUACAUGGUGAUUAAUUUUCAAUGGAAUAAUUCCAUGGUCUCACUGUGACGAGUGUUUGGUUUUCAUUUGACUUCCCCUCAUUAGUACCAUUUGUGCAAAAAACCUCAGCUUCAAAAUUGUUCUAGAACUAGUAGAAAGAAUUUGAGAUGUGAUCAAGAUAUUAACUUAUCAUAUGCAAGAAGUAUGUUUCUACUUCGAUUCAGUAUGAGGUCAAAUGAUGUCAUAGCAGAUGUACUGCAGAAACUAUGUAAUUAAAUAACUUUUGCUCAGUAAUAUUCUGAUAAGUUGUUUUGUUGAUGGACAGAUACCUUAUUUAAUUAAGUUCUGACUUGUUCAGUGUUGCAUGAUCUAACAGUCCACCUUCACUGUCCUAUCAAUGAGUGAUUGUUGUUUUAUUUAAUUUUAAAAGGAACAUUUCUUCACCUGGACUACCAGAUUAUAAAUUUAAAUUGGUAGAUGUUGGGAAAUGUCAAUCUAGAAUAACUGUUUCAAAGUUAGUUAUUGCAUAAACUAGAAAACAAUGAAAAUACUCAUCUUAAUCAUCUUGUAGAAUUUGUGGCUCAACUCUUUGUCCUAAAUUUUGCAAGAAUACCAUACUUCAAUAGCUUCAGGUUUUACACAUUUUCAAAUAGGUAUUAAUUUGUUCAAAAUAAAUUAUCGUAGGAUAUUUCCAUGUUCAAUGUAAUCAACAAUUCACUACUACUCA